AUGAAACCGUCUCAAGAAACCCUAACUUCCCUGCAUCUUCCGUUCGAUCUGGUGGCAGAUAUUCUGUGUAGACUCUCCGCGAAACACCUCGUUCGACUCCGUUGCGUAUGCAAGUCAUGGAAUUCUCUUAUCUCCGCAGAUUCCAUCUUCGCCAAGAAGCACCUCCGUUUGUCAACCUCCAGCCAGGACCGCCACCACCUCAUUCUAACCCCUACUCCCGCCUCACCUGAGUUCCAUGUUUUACAUUCCCCAAUCUCCCCUAUCUUCACCUCCAUAUUCACCACUACUACUGUCCAACAGUUCCGGUACUCUAUUACAAAGCUUCGUAUCAAAGGACUCUUUGGUCAUAGACCUUCCACUUGCGACGGCCUGGUAUGUUUUAAGAUAGAUUCUUCUUCCGCUCUCUUGUGCAACCCUUUCAUUGGAAAAUUCAAAUUAUUGCCUCCUUUGACAUUUCCAGAACCAUUUUAUACCUUAUAUACCUUGGUGUAUGAUCGUUUCACCAAUAAUUAUAAGAUUAUUGCUAUCUAUAGGACCUUUGGUAGUAAAAACGGAGUCAGCGUUCAUACUGUGGGUACUGAUUAUUGGAGAACGAUUCAAGACUUCCCAAAUUAUGGGUUGGCUCCUGCACCGGGAAUAUUUGUGAGUGACUCUGUUUAUUGGUUGCUAUGGGAUGAAGAUGAUGUUGCACGGUUCAUUGUUUCUCUUGAUUUGGAGAAAGAGUCCUAUCAAAACCUUUCAUUGCCCGUCAAAAAUGUGCAUAUUACAACUUCUUUAGGGACAUUGAGAGGUUGUUUGUCCCUCCUCUCUCAAAGGGACAAGUUUUAUGAUGUUUGGAUUAUGAAAGAAUAUGGGAAUGAAAAGUCUUGGACUAAAUUCUUAAGUGUUCCUCACAUGAAAGAAUGCGAGCCUUCUGUCUAUAUCAGAGCAUUAUAUAUUUCAAAGUAUGACCAAGUGCUGAUGGAGUUUCUAAACGAUGGGAAAAUUAAUUUGGUGGUUUAUAAUUUCAUAAAUAAUACUUUUAAGAUUCCUAAAUUUCAAUACAGCAGAGAGCAUGACAUGACACCAGAAGUAUAUGUUGAGAGUUUGAUAUCACCUUUCUAG